AUAAAUAUGUUUUUACUUGAAAGAACAGUUCUGCGCAGCCAAGGCAAUCCGAAUCCAAAAGACCGCCAUUCAUCAUGGCGGCGGCUGUUGUCACGAAAUUAACGUGUUGACGGUGUUGACUCUCCAUGUGUUCACUCUGAGUACUCCACGCGUUCUUCUUCGUGCUCCUCGACUCGUCACUUCGCAACGAAUUCUCGCCGCCAACGUUCCAUCUUGUGCAGUGAGCUUACGACGAUUCCGUAAACGUCCUCCAACGCAUUUGUGCCGUGCCGUCCUCGGGGGUGUCCCGACCCGACAUAAACACGACGUGACCACGGCCGUUUCGUCAACAACCGCUCCCUCCCAGGUGCCGGCAAACGGCUCGUUGACGGCCGUCUCCUCUACAUGGCGCUCAGACUGUGGUCGCGGCGUGGUGGCGUGCCGCUGCGAACGCUACUGCGGCGCGUUCCGGCCCGCACCGACAACGGGAGCGUUGGCAUCACCGCAGCUGCGCUCGAUGUGGGCCCUUGUUUGUCGUCGCCGGCGUCGAGCAGCGUGUGGUGCGUGUCGUGCAUCUCGACGGGUGCCGGAGGUGGCGGCGAUCGCGGUGCCGAGGAGCCCGUGGCGACCAGGCCCGAGUUCCUGCGGACCCGGGCGCGAGUUCAGCGCACUCGGGAGUCCCUGGCUAAGACGGGACGCUCGCUGCGGGCCACGCGUGAGAAAGUCACCGAGAACGUCGAGCAGACCAAGCGGAUCGUGACCGAACGCAUGGGGCAUCUGCGGGAGAACAUCAUGACCAUACCUAACGCCCUCUCACUGGCGCGGCUCUGCUCCAGCCCCGUGCUCGGCUACUUGGUGGUGACCGAGGGCUACACUUCUGCCCUCGUCCUUUUCGCUGCAGCAGGAGUCACUGACGUGCUGGAUGGCUGGGUGGCAAGGUCGUUCCCCUCGCAACAGAGCAUGUUGGGCACGGUGGUGGACCCCCUGGCCGACAAGUGCCUGGUUGCCACCCUCUUCCUCAGCCUCACCGUGGCGGGUCUCAUCCCAGUUCCCUUGACCGCACUCAUCGUGGCCCGGGACAUCACCCUCGUGGGCUGCGCAGGCUACCUGCGGUUUGCCUCACUUCCUGCACCUAAAACGUUUUUGAGGUACUUCGAUGUUAGCUUGGCGACCGUCAAGUUCUCUCCCACUGGCAUCAGCAAGGCCAACACUGCCGUGCAGCUGGGACUUGUGGCGGCCACGCUAGCUGCCCCCGUGUUUGGUUUUGUGGAUCACGGUGCCCUGCAUGCCUUCUGGUACCUCACAGCGAGCACGACAGUGCUGUCAGGCUUAACGUACCUGUUUACAAAGGACGCUUACCAGUUCAUCAGGAAAGACAAGUCGUAGCUGUCUUAGAGGAUCGGCUGAUACACAAGCGCUACGUUAUGGGAGGAGCAUCCACCGAGCUAGUUCUCCAUUUAAUCUUGUUGAACAACUAGUGCUCUAUAUUUUUUUCUUUUUUUUUGUUAAAGUUGAACUGCUUUAUUGUUCCAAGGCAGGGAUGAGAAUUGUUUCUGUUGAAAUUAAAAAUGUAAUCUUGUUAGUACGUAUGUUUGGCAGAAUUUGGAAGAUACACAGAUUCUUGAAAGAUCGAAUCGUGUUUUUAUUUCUGUUUGUUUGUGGACGCCAUUAAUUAAGUGUCAAUAUGGCAGAUGGAUGUCAUGCUUGUUAAAUUUCAGAAAAUUCGACGUCGUUAGUCUACCUUGCUGAGGUUUGAUGACAGUGACGUAGCUCAGUCACAAUGAUGAUCACAUUCUGUCAUUGAUAGAUGACAUAUUCUGACGCAAUACAGCCGCCAUGCCGUACUUCUAUUACGAGAGAGCAGUGGCCUUAUCUGACUGGCAUAUCUCUGACAGUGCGGUGUUAGCCAUAGGGUAGGGAGUCUAAAAUGACAUAUGUAACGUCACAUGCUAGUCACCUGUUGUAGUGGUGUGGAGAUGUGAAAGCAAGCUGCUGUAAUGAGACAGUAUCUUGCACUAGCAUUAGGAUGACAGUGGUAUUUUAAUCAGUGAUGAGGAUGAUUGAUUGCCGUGUUGUGUCAAUUGCUUGGCACCAAGAUGUUAACAUGUGUAGUGUUAAUGAUUGAUGAUAUGUGCUAUAGUAGUUGACAGUUUUAAGGGAGAGUGCAUUGCUUUUAUCAGAUGAAACCAUGCCAAGGCCUCUCUACCGCCACAAGCCAUGCCACGGAGCUUGUCAAAAUUUGGUGCUGCUGGAAAAAUGAUAGUCAGUGCAUGUAAUGUUAAAAGGCGACUAGUGCGCAGCGAAUUUGCAUUGAGGGUGGGGCUUUGUAGAUGCUGAUGCAUCUGAUCAAACACUUUCUCUAAACCUUGUUUUAUACAUACCCUGUGGCCUGAGAACUAGUGUUCCAUGACGAAUGCUGAAGAUGGCCAGCAUCAUGUGAGUGCAGUCACAGACAAACAGAAAAUGGCAAAUCAAUUUGGCGAACUUGCAAGGAAGAGGGAGGUUCAUGAAUGAGAAGAGUUGUUGUCUGCCCGAUUGUAGCACAAAUGGGUUUCUCCGAAAGAAAGCUUGCUUUGCAGUCAAAGACAAAUUUGGCCCGGUCCGAGCAUUGAAACCCAGACCUACGCCUUUCCUGGGCAGUCGCUCAACCAUCUAGCCUCCUGGUUAGUUCAGAUGGUAGAGUGUCUGCUCCGGCAAGGUGUUGCUGCCGGGUUCAAUGCCUGGACCAUUACGAAUUUUUCAGGUUUCUUUUUCGGGAAAGAAUAUGUAUUUUCUUUGUAGCUUCGUGUUACGAUCAGAUGGAUGACAAUUUUUCUCUUUCAUACAAUAUAAACAGCCGGGCCAGUUUUGUGUGUUGUUAAAAAGGUCAGGCACUGCUCUUAACCCAUAGCCACUGGUUGUAAGGAGUUCAAUCAGUCGUAGAGGUAAUUCAAAGGGAGGUUGUAUCUACUGUUUUGACGCUGCCCUCAUUGCUAUACAUAUUGAAUCAAAUGCAGAUUGUGGUGAGCGGUGCUCGAGAUUUUUCUCGCAGUACUUCAUAGUAGUACAGAAUAGUACUUCAUAGUACUCUUCUCUUAUUGGUUACAUUAUAUUGGUUUUCUCCAACCUUGGGAGUUCUGUGUUUGUGAAAUGCGUCUGGUGUUCUGAAAUUGCAACUGCUUUACUGACGCUGUGGGGAUGUACUUUUUUGUUGAGCGUAACUUUGAUCUCAUGGUGAUUGUUCUCUUUCCACAUGCUCUUUGUUUUAUUAAAACAUUGUGCACUAUAAGAGCAAGACGGAAUGUGAGCCGCAUUCUCGAUGCGAUGCACAAUCAGCUUCAGGUACACAUUUGGUGGCCUGUGUGUUCCACAAAACUAGCUGUUAGCAUUAGAUGUUGAAGGCCGCAAAAUCACACUUUGAAUACUUACUUGGUGAUACUAACUACCGCAUUUUUAUGAUCUGUGUUGUUAGCAACAUACACUUAUGUCAUGAGCUUUUAUCUACAUAUCCUGCUAAAAAUUCUGCAGGUUUCUUUUAAAGAUGCGAGCUUCAUGGAAUUGCAUACUACAGUUACAUGCUACAUCCAAGCGUAGUACAAGGACAAUAACAUACUUUUUGUUACCUCCUCCUACUGUGCACCGGCAUAGUUCUGCAUGUUGGAUCAAAUAAUGCGGGACACGCUCAGGACCAAUAGAACAUCUUGUCACUGUCACGCUGUAACACAUGGUUGCAUGUGUAAAAGGUAAUAGCUAUAACCAUACGUAAUACUAUUUGUACAAGUACACACUGAUACUAGCAUACUGGUACUGGCCUAGUAUUGUGGAGCCUAGCACUGGUAUGCUAGUACUCAUAGGGAAAGAGAAAAGGGUCAAAAGUACACGAAAAGGUGAAAAUGUCCACACAGUACAGAACAGUCCGUGCAGAAUAGUCCGAGCAGGACCUGGCAUGCUGACGUCAUGGGCCAGUGAUGCAGGUCGAGGCAACAGUUGAUACUAACGGUGGGCGACAUGAUGGUGAUAAAUCUUCCGCGAUGCGGUAAUCACCUCACUCACCACUAACUUCUUGAACAACUUAAGAUAAGAACUCGAACAGAUCCGGCUCAUGAUGGCGUCAUUCUUAGGGUCCCACGAGUAGCAUUGCGUGUGGUUGCGGCUGGUACUAGCUUUGACCAGACGCCUUGUACACGUUACACAAAAAAGUGAACCAGUUGCAAUUACAAAUACGUCACUCAAAGUGUAACCGUCUUUAAUCAAAGUGUAAUCGAUUAUGAGCAAUUGCUAAAAAGUAAUUGAUUACAUUUACGUUACUUUCAUCCAUACCUUUAUGAACAUUGCACAUAUACGGCAAACAAAACGACCUGGGCUGGCUCUUUCCUUGUGUCCUCUGCAGACAUUCACACAUUGUUUAUCCAGUAACUUCCCAAAAUUUUCGCCAGUCAUCUUGCCUCGUUAUCUUGUGAAGUUAGUGGUAAUAAAAACUUGCUCGAUGUGCACGCUAGAGGGAAGGGCAACGUUAUGACAUACAAAUACCUUGUGCACAAGAUUGUUGCUAAUCGAUGCCGAGAUGCUUGCGUCUGGGUCCUCUAUGCAGCAUGGCACUUUAUUGUUGCUGGGGCUCAGAGCAGGUGCUCCCCGUAGGGCCAUUCAAAAGCUGAAAAAAUUGUACUUAGGUGGUUUCUUGGCAUCAAUGUCCAAAGUGGCCAUCGCUGUCAAGCCACAGCAGCGUGGGAUCAAUUUGCCAACACCCAUCUGGUGAAGCUCUUGCUGGCGCCCUUUACUCAAUGGCCAUUUAGUUAUAAACCUAGGAAUUGUAAACAAUGGCAGAAGUUCUGUUCCUGAAAAAAAGUGGCCAAAUCUGUAAUGUAACUGAAAUAAUAACUGCAUCUCAUUGAGCCCUAAAAUACUGUAUUAUGUUACAGCCAUAAAAUUAGGUGUACAUGAAUCAUGUAUUCGAGAGGAACGUGUACAUUUAACUGCCAAACAUUUGUGUGUGUAUAUCAAAGAAUGAGAAGAAGGGAAACAGAAGGGCUCGAUUUUUUUAAUCACAACCAUAUAAAGUCAACAGGCAAUUAAGCCAAGGAAAGCAUAGGGGUAAUUAGCUUAGUGUAAAUAGAGAUGUAAAUAGACCCUGAUCACGAGAAAGAAAUUUACAGAAGAAUAAAAUUGGGUUGGAGUGCAUACGGCAGGCAUUACCAAAUCCUGACUGGGAGCUUACCACUGUCGUUGAAAAGAAAAGUGUACAAUCAUUGCAUUCUACCGGGGCUAACAUAUAGGGCAGAAACUUGGAGGUUAACGAAGAAGCUCGAGAACAAGUUAAGGACCGCACAAAGAGCAAUGGAACGAAAAAUAUUAGGACUAACGUUAAGAGACAGGAAGAGAGCGGUGUUGAUCAGAGAACAAACGGGGAUAGCCGAUAUUCUAGUUGACAUUAAGCAGAAAAAAUGGAGCUGGGCAGGCCAUGUAAUGCAUAGGAUGGAUAACCGUUGGACCAUUAGGGUUACAGAAUGGAUACCAAGAGAAGGGAAGCGCAGUCGAGGUCGGCAGAAAACCAGAUGGGAUGAUGAAGUUAGGAAAUUUGCAGGCGCAAGUUGGAAUACGCUAGCGCAAGACAGGGGUAAUUGGAGAUCGCAGGGAGAGGCCUUCGUCCUGCAGUGGACAUAAAAAUAUAGGCUGAUGAUGAUAAUGAAAUAGAGAUGUUAAUGAGGAUAACAAAAAAUAAAUGUGGAAAAAAAGGUAACUUGUCACCAGUGGGAGACAAACAUCCACAUUACGCGUGUAUUUCAGUUUCAGUUGAUUAUUCUAUAAAUAUACAGUGAAUGGGUUACAGAUAAUAUACAGACUAGGGUCCCAAAGUGAAAGACUGCUGCGGGACCCUCGGUUAAUAACAUUGAAAAAACAUAUGAAAGUUGAACAAGCCAUGCAAAACAAACAAACAAUUCCGUAAAUAUGGCAUACAAAAAUUUUAAAAAAUUGUCAGUAUACAAUCUUAUAGUGAAUAAAAAUACUUUCAAUGUAUAUAAAUGGCAAAGGUAGUGUAAUUAACAAUGUAAACCUAGUUUACAUCGUUAUAACGUGUCAAUUCUGCUACGACAAUAGCCAUCAAUCCAUCCACUAUCUCGGGUAUUUAUGUGUAAUAGAUAUAACCCUGGGAGUGUUAGCCAACGCCACUCAGGGCCAUGGUGGGCGGAUAGGGAACAUCCCUUAUUGCCCGAUGACAUCACGUAAUACGUGAACUUAGGAGAGCAGGCACAUGGGUAAUAAACUCUCGCAUGUUACUUAAUGGCAUCAAGCUGCCAGAUUCAAGACCCUUGCUAUGAAUGAACGAGAAGAAGGGAAGCAGACGAAUCAUAUCGGAAGAAGUCGAAAACUGUACUAAACGAAGAAAAAUUGAACAUGCACAUCUUACCUCCUAUGUAUGCUCUUAGAAUUGCUCCCAAGUGACCUGUGCGAAAGUGCAAGCCAGCCAUGUUCAGGUGUCUGAGGCAUAGCUGCAGGGCAUUGAUUAUGCAUCGCGUGAGGCUACAAGUAGUUCUCAUCAAAUUGAAGUGCUUAGCUGCGUUAUCUGCUAGAUUGCAUUGUCAGUAAAGUAACUGGGUACAUGUAAUUGGUUACUGAAAAAAAUUGAAUUGCAGUGUGCAUUUCAAAGUAAUAGAAGUAGUCGAUCAAUUACAAUACUGCUGAAUAUGUAAUUGAGUAGAAGCAGAUAAUGACGUAAUAGUUCAGCGGAAACCCACUAGGUGGAGAGAAGUAAUUAAGUGGAAAAUGAGACAUCCACCCAAUCGUAGCAAUUGCUACAAAGGAAACCCAUACGGGUUCUCGUAUGGGUUU